CCAAGGAGAUCUGAGGCAUCUAAGAAGCCUGAGGUUAGACUUCCCAAAUCUACGGCUGCAGACCUCGGAACCAGAAUCCACGAGGAUAUCGGCAAUAGCAACUAUGAAUGUGCAGUAUGCACAGAUGAAGUCCUUCGGAAAUCCCACGUGUGGUCUUGCAACGUGUGUUGGACAGUAGUCCACCUCAAAUGUGCCAAGAAAUGGUAUCAUAAUCAAAUGAAGCAAGCUGCUGAGAGGCCACCAACUGAGCCUCAAACGGAGAAAUCAUGGAGGUGUCCCGGCUGUAACUCCAAAUUAUCUGAUGAGCCAGGCUCCUACCACUGCUGGUGUGGAAAGGAUAUCAAUCCAAGGCCCUCUAGCACCUCACUACCUCCACACUCUUGCGGACAGACAUGCUCAAAACCAAGGGGAACAUGUCCUCACCCCUGUGGUCUCCAAUGCCACGCUGGCCCUUGUCCGCCGUGUACCCUUGUCGGACCUACACAGUCUUGCUAUUGUGGAAAGAAUACCUCCCAGAAAUUGUGCAGAGAGACCGAUUACGAAAAUGGCUGGAGCUGCCAAGAGAUUUGCGGCGACCUUUUGCCCUGCGGAGAGCACUUUUGUCCGAACCCUUGUCACACCGGACUUUGUGGAGAUUGUGACCUGAAGGUGGACGCAAAGUGCUACUGCGGGCGUGUUGAGAAGAAAGUGCCUUGUUUCGAGAGACAAGAGAUACAGUCCUCUUAUGAUGUUAAAGAUGGCUCAUGGUUCGACGGCUCAUUCAGCUGCCAGACACCUUGCGACAGGAAAUUUGACUGCGGCACUCACAGCUGCUCUGAAACCUGCCACCCCCAAAAUGAACAACCAGCUCAUUGCCCUUACUCUCCCGAUUCUGUUACGCAUUGUCCAUGCGGCAAAACACCACUUGGUGAACUCUUGCAGGACCCAAGGCAAACCUGCGAGGACCCCGUACCCCAUUGUGAGAGGGUUUGCGACAAGCUUCUUCCUUGUGGCCACACUUGUAAAGCUAAAUGUCAUACCGGCGAUUGCGGAUUCUGUAUGGAAGCGAUUGAGAUUUCGUGUCGAUGUGGGAGAACCUCGUCUGCAUCCGUUUGCCACCAGGGAGACGUCCAACCCCCGUGGUGCAUGAGAACAUGCCAAGCUACUCUGAGCUGUGGCCGCCACAAGUGUGGUGAGCGCUGCUGCCCAGGAGAGAAGAAGGCUGCAGAGAGGCAGGCAGCAUCCAAGAAGAAAAACCGACAGCCUGGUGAUUCUGUCGUUGAGGCUGAGCAUAUCUGCAUACGGACAUGUGGGCGACCGCUGAAAUGCGGUAGCCACGACUGCCAGCAGAUAUGCCACAGAGGGCCAUGCGCAAGCUGCCCUGAAGCCAUAUUCCAUGAAAUCAGCUGCAAUUGUGGCCGGACAGUGCUCCAGCCGCCGCAGCCAUGUGGGACUCACGCCCCAGAGUGCCGGUUUAACUGCCCAAGACGACCAGCUUGUGGGCACCCGCCUGUUGAACACAACUGCCAUAUGGACGAUAUCUCUUGUCCCAAAUGUCCGUUCUUGGUGGACAAGUGGUGUGCUUGCGGCAAGGAAAAGCUGAAAAGCCAGCCUUGUCACCUUCAAGCGGCUCACUGUGGACGACCUUGCGGAAAGACUUUGAAGUGCGGGUUACACAAGUGUCGAAAGCUUUGCCACAGGCCAGGAGAGUGUGAAGAUAGUGCAAGUUCUAGUCAAACUUGUGGCCAAGUGUGUGGCAAGACGAAGCUAUUCUGCGAUCAUGCUUGCCAGAAUGCUUGCCACGGCCAAACUUCUUGCAACGAAUCAUCUCCUUGUACCGCCAAGACCGUCAUCUCUUGCCCCUGCGGCCACCGUCACCAGGAAGUGAAGUGCCUUGCUAGCAGUUCUAACCCCACGCCAUCUCGGCCUGAGCUCAAAUGUGACGAUGAAUGUCUCCGCCUAGAACGAAACAAGCGUCUUGCUGCAGCUCUCAACAUUGAUCCCACAUCUCAUACAAACAACCAUGUCCCGUAUUCGGACACCACUCUUCGGCUCUUUAAGGAGAAUUUGGCAUGGGCGGAGACUCAGGAGCGCGAAUUCCGUGUCUUCUCCAAGAGCCCCAGCGAAGCUCGGUUGAGAUACAAACCGAUGCCUAAUCACCAACGACAGUUCCUACAUGUCUUGGCGGAAGACUACGGCCUAGAGAGCAAAAGUGAGGAUAUCGAACCCUAUCGUUACGUUGUCGUCUGGAAGGGCUCCAAGUUCGUUUCGGCCCCAACCAAGACCCUCGCGCAGUGCGUCAAGAUCCGAGAGACUCAAGCGGCAGAAGCGGCCGCCACAGCAGCCGCCAACUCGAGAGCCCCUACUCCACCACCCGCCAUCAUAACCGAGCCGUUCAAUGCUUUCCUCAUCACAUCUCCUCGAUUCGGACUCACCAUCGAAGACGUCGAAUCCGCCCUCAAAGCCGACCUAGCAAGCCAGUCGUCAGCCUUCAACUUCACCACAACCUUCCUGCCCUCAGACGAGAUCCUCAUCCGCGCCUCGGCGCACUACUCCUCCUUCCUGACGCCCACCGCCGUCGAGCAGGCCCUUCAGACCAUGAAGCCCCGCCUCGACAGCACCAUCAAGCGCCUCGACGUCGCGGGCAACAUCCUGCUCUGCCACGUCGACGCCAACGAGCAAAUCUCCCGCAGGGAAGACAUCAGCAGGAACGACGCCUCCGGGUGGAGCGCCGUCGCCGGCCGCGCCGCGGCCAAGAGGGACGACGCGAAGACGGAGACGCCUGCGGCCUCUGCGAGCGGCAGCUCUGGAAAACGACUGCUGCUCGGGCUGAAGAAGAAGAAGGUGGAGAUGAAGAGGGAGAAGUCCUGGACGGAGCAGCUUGGUGGAGAUGUCGAGUGCUGA